CCCACCGCAAGCCACCACCAGCGCCCUCUCCGAUCAUCAUCAUCCUCCUCCCCGCCGCAGCCAGCCACCUCUCGAUCCGUCCGUGAUGGCGCCCAAGGCGGAGAAGAAGCCCGCGGAGAAGAAGCCGGCGGAGGAGAAGGCGCCCAAGGGGGAGAAGAAGCCCAAGGCGGAGAAGCGGCUGCCGGCGGCCAAGGAGGGCGGCGGCGGCGGCUCGGACAAGAAGGCCAAGAAGAAGGCCAAGAAGAGCGUGGAGACGUACAAGAUCUACAUCUUCAAGGUGCUGAAGCAGGUGCACCCGGACAUCGGCAUCUCCUCCAAGGCCAUGUCCAUCAUGAACUCCUUCAUCAACGACAUCUUCGAGAAGCUCGCGCAGGAGGCCGCCAAGCUCGCCAGGUACAACAAGAAGCCCACCAUCACCUCCCGCGAGAUCCAGACCUCCGUCCGCCUCGUCCUCCCCGGCGAGCUCGCCAAGCACGCCGUCUCCGAGGGCACCAAGGCCGUCACCAAGUUCACCUCCUCCUAGACGCUCCUCCCCCGCCCUUCUCUCGUCUCGUCGCGUUUGAUGAUCGUCUCGGCCCCGGGGAUCGAGGCUCGUAGUUUGUAAUUGUUUUCGUUUGUUACAAUGAACAAUGGAUGAAUGGAAUCGCUACGGAUUGGUUGCAA